GAUACUUAGCUAACGUUAGAAAGACCGGGCAAAGCUAAUUUAGCUGUUAUGUGCUAGCUUACCUAAAAGUUCGCUAAAAUAAGAAGGAUAAAAAUAAUUCGAAGCAGUUUAAACGGUUUCUUAGCUGUGGUCCGCUGUGACCCGACCAGUUUUUUUGGGCCACCACUUCAGUUCGCUGAGAAAGCUAGAACUGCUAACUACUUUACAGUUUAGCCUUCGUUAGCUAACAAUCACAAUGUCACAGCAUAAAGAAAGCGACGAGCUGGUGGUAAACGGAGAGCCCGGAGAAAACACUGCACUGGAGACGCCAGAGGACGACAGAGAGCCGGGAAAUGAUGGCGGGGAAGCGCGGCCCAACAGACCCAGUCCAGAUGGGCCGGUGGGUGUGGGUGACGCUGAAACCCAGGCUGAUCUGACCAGCGAUGGAGAAAAUGGAAAUGCAAUAGAAACUGAUGUGUCAGGAGCAGUAAAAGAAGCUGAAAGUGAGGCUGAUCUGCCCAGUGAUGCUGAGCAGCUCAGAGAGUCUCAGGGAAUGGAAAAUGUCAGAAACUCAACAGCUACAGUGAAAGUGGUGCUGGUACCAGAGGGUCAUGUGAUGACUGUGGCUUUCGUCAUCGGCCUCAGCAUCCAGGAGCUGAAGCGUCAUCUUGCCUCAGAGCUCAGGGUCCCUCCACAGGUGCUGCAGAUCUCUCUGGAUGGAACAGUGGUUGAAGAGGAGCGGAGUCUGAUGGAGCUCGGAGUUCGUCCUCACGGCUCCACCCGGCUGGAAAUGAGUUCUACCAACCCGACCACCCACCCACUUCGGCCUGUUCGCCCCCCUGAGCUUGACAACAUGCCUGAUGUCAUCACUGUCCGAGUCCAAACAGAGGAAGGAGUGUUUCAGGACGUGGUGGUGGAGAUCGAGCGUCCCCGGCAACAGAAGGCCUUCCUGGGUGGCUACAGACAUCAACUGACCGGGGCCGUGUACCACCACGCUGCUGUCCAGACCGCACCCAAGAGGAGGCCUGACAGAGGAGUGGUGGUCUUCAGUCGAGACACGCAGACAGUGGAGCUGAAGUCUCAGGCUCAGCAGUGUGCAGUUCACGUCUCCACUCAGAUGACUGGGAUCGGCUGUUAUGUCUCCUGUAUGAAGGACAAGCUGCUCACUCCUGGCACCUACCUCAGUGCAGAUGAGUUUCAUGACAUCAGACUCAGAGCUGUGAUUCGUCUUCAGUCAUUUGCUAGACGCUGGCUUGCCCAACAGAGGGUGGAACAACUCAGGAGAGAGCGAAACAGACACCUAGCUUGGCUGGACCUACAGGAGAGAAGGAGGACUGAGGAGAAGGAAGAGCAGCUGAGAGACCGCCGCCAUCGCUGGAUGAACCCUCAGAAGAGAGACGACUUCAACCUGCUGUACCACGCUCUGGAAAAGUGGAGGUGUGAGGAGGAGCAGAAGAUCAACUCGUCCCUGCGAGGAGCUGAGAGGAAGGCAGCUCUUUGCUCACUACUAGAUCAGGAGACACAACUCAUCGCUGCCAUAGGACGCCACCGCAUCGCCGUUCAGCACAACAACUAUGAUAAAACCAUCAGGCACUUCCUGGACAAGUCUGCAGCUCCUUAUCAGUGGAAAACAGCAGAUGGUCGUCUAAUUGAGGUGGACAGUCCACAUACAAUCAGAGCGAGAGAGUUGCGAGAUCUGUAUAACGACAUCAACAUGUUCACUGCGAAACAGGAUCAGAGGCACCAGAUCCUGAUGACACUCAAACAUACUGUCAAGGAGCACGACUGUCAGCUGAGCCGGGACAUUGUGGAUUUGAUCGAUAGGGAGGUAGACCUAACGACUCGGGGACUUAAGGCCUCCAGUCUGGAGGGACUGAGGAAGAGGAUCUCCACUCUGUUCCUCCAGUAUAUCAAAACACCAGCAUUCAACCCUGAGGUGGCCAAGAUGCUCAAGGUUCCACAGAAUCCCUCCCAGCUGAAGAACGACAUGUUCCUCUGCCGCAGCUGUCAGCGAUAUCUGCGAUCCACUGACUUCAGCCCAGCCGCCAACGCCCGAGUGAGUGGUCGAUGCCGGGACUGCACUAGACUUGACAACAUAGCUAGAACCCGGGAUGACUUCUCCUGCUAUAAAAACAUCCUGCAGAGGCUGAGAGCUGAUGAGCAGCAGCUCAACAAGGAAGCAAAGAUCCCCUUCCUGUUGCAGGUGGAAGAUGUCCGGUACCUGGUGGAAGUGGUCUGGGCAUCGCGCUCAGCCGUCCAUGGCAGCAGUGACAUCUACAACCUGGUGUUUGUCCGCUGGGAGCGGGGAAUUGACUGGAGCCCCUGGAACUGCAUUCUGCUGUCCAGAGAAGAGACCUCAGCUCACCUGGAGGUGGAAGAUGUCCACAAGACAUACGAGGCGACGUUCAUCCGCAGGAUCGAACACAAACACAUGUUGGCUAGACGCUACUUCAGCCAGAUCUCCAGCAUGGCCGAGUUUCUGGACUCUCAGUCCAACGCUGCCCUUGGCAACCAGCUCAUCUCCAAGUCCAUGACCAUGGCAACAGGCAACCAAGCCACCAUCGCCUCACCUCGUUAACACACGUCCCGUGGCUUUGCUACAUCCGCCACUGGUUCGUCCCUCUCUUAUACAUAAAGCUGAACAAAGCCAUGUUGGUUUUACUUCUGGUUCACUUCAGUUUGUGUUCACAAUGUACAGUAGCAGCCUUUACACACAUGUGACUGAAGCCCCGCACCUCGGAUAGAAAAGAUUAAAAGCUUUGUUUACUGUAAUCAUAAUUAAUUUAAUCUGAAACUCUUUUACUGUUACAAAAUUUAAGGUUUGGCACAUUUCAUCCACAUUUGUUUUGCUUCAACUUCAUUACAUAUAGUAAUGAUGCUAAAUAUUAAUUUCUACAAAAUAUUACAUGAUAUAACUGUAGUUACUAACUACAAGAUUAGGUUCCUUUAUAUUUGUGUCUUUUGUGUAAAAUACUUGAUUAUCUCAAACCACAAUUAAAAUAUUUUGAUCUUGCUUCAAA